AGGUUUCUCUGGAUUGGCAUCAGUUGGCUGACGAGUAACAAGGCAAAUUCUUAUAGUUAGGCGAAGCAAAUAUGGCCCUACGAUUUGUUUUUGUGGCCAGUGCCUGGUUAGUCCUUGCUCAGGGAUCCUUUCUCCACGGAUCUCUGAAUGAAGCCCACCAAGCGGACAUUGUUGGUGCUGAAGCGGAAGUUCCCCAGGAAGGAUAUUUGCCCGCUGAGGAUGCUGUAGUGCCCCAUUCCCUGCAUCAUGAGUCAGCCGAGAUAGGUCACCAUCAUCAUGGAGGACACGACUUUCAGUCUCAAUCUCAUCAUCACGAGCAUGGACCCCAUCAUCACCUGGAGUCGCAUCAUCACCUUUCAGAGUCCCAUCAUCAUCAUCGCUUGUCCGAAUCGCACCAUCUCAUCCACGGCUCUCCGCAUCACCAUCAUCACCUGGAGGCCACACAUCACGGAGGCCAUCGCCACUAUCAUUUAGAGGCCCCACAUCACGCAGUUCAUCACCACCAUCAUCUGGAGGUCCCUCAUCACGGAGUUCACUAUGUGCAUCAUCAUCGCAAUUGCCAUGCGACCAUCCACUGCCCCCGCUACCAUAGUCCAACUUAUGCCACCGAUGGUCACCUCUGCUAUAAGGUUGAGAACUCCUGCGAAUUGGCCAUUUUGAACUGCCUGCGUCGCAAUGAACUGAAGCCACUUUUGAGACACAUCAGUGGUCACGAAUGCCAUCAUCUGCCCAGCGCUCACAGAUCCCACAGAGCCCAUUAAUCUGUAUUGAAAAUUACUGAAUCCCUGCCGAUUUACCCAAUUAUUUUUUGUUUAACUACUUACCCCCAAUAAAUAAAUAUCUCUUAAAAGUA